AUGUUGCUUCCUUUUGUUUUUCCAAGGAAAGACUUGGGAAAGUACCAAGAUCGCCAGCCUGACGGAUUUGAUGAACCAGCUCAGCACAAGUGGAUGGACUUGACAGAAAGUUCGUCUUUAGCUGAUCAGACACGCCUGCAUCCUCUACAGGGGUGGACUUGUCCACCUUGGGAUUAG